UAAAAACCCGAGACCAAGUUGAAGAUGAAGAUGAAGAUGAUGAGCAAAUUCCUGACUAGACUAAGAUCAAUACCAACCCAGCAAGUGAGGCACUACACGGCAGCUGUCACGCCCUCAGCUUCAUCUCCAGCUCCCGGACAUGUGCCCGUUCUCUGCCAGACGGCCAUUGACUAUCUGCAGCCAUUGGCAGGGGGCAAAUACAUCGAUAUGACCUUUGGAGCUGGUGGACACACGCGUCGUCUGCUGGACAGCUGCCCUGAGGCGACGGUUUAUGCGCUGGAUCGUGAUCCACUGGCCCAUGAGCUGGCCCAGCGCUUGAGCCAGGAGCCACAGUAUGAGGGACGACUUGUGGCCCUGUUGGGCAAGUUCUCGGAGCUGCCACAAUUGUUGCAAGAUCUGGAUGUGCCACGGCACAGUAUCGAUGGCAUGCUCUUUGACUUCGGCUGCAGCUCCAUGCAGUUCGAUGAGGCUGCUCGAGGCUUUUCCAUCUCACACAAUGGACCACUAGAUAUGCGCAUGGAUUGUGGACGCACUGGCGGUGUCAGUGCUGCUGAUGUGCUUGCCCGGGCCGAGGAAGCGGAUCUGGCGCGCAUCCUUCGUGUCUACGGCGAGGAGAAGGCGGCCAAGAAGAUCGCUCGCGCCAUUGUGGAGGCACGUGGUGCAUUGCAGCGAAUUGAGACGACACGACAGCUGGCCGAUCUGGUGUCCGCUGUGCUCGGCGAGGGUCAGCGUCUGGACAGGCUUCAGCGGCCGGCACAUGCUGCUACCAAGACAUUUCAGGCCCUGCGCAUCUUUGUGAACAACGAGCUGAACGAGAUCAACUAUGGCAUGCUGCUGGCCCAGGAGUAUUUGAGGGCUGAGGGCCGCCUGGUGGCCAUCACCUUUCACUCGCUGGAGGACACCAUUGUCAAGCGUCACAUCAAUGGCAAUGUCAUCGAAGGUGUGGCCAAUCCCGUGCCGUUAAAGUACUGCGGUUAUGACCUCACCCACGACCCAGAUCUAUUGGAAUCUUUUGUGCAAUCCAAUUGGCGUCAACUCCAUCGUCACGUCAUCCUGCCCGAUGCCUCGGAAAUCGCCCGCAAUAGUCGCAGCCGAUCGGCCAAGUUACGUGCUGCCAUUAAAAUUAAGUAACGAUUUCUUCAAUUAAUAUUUGUAUUUGUCAGGAAUAAAACUGCUAUCCAAUCACGAAAUGUUCUCCCAACUGA